AUGUCAUACGAAGCCAACAGAGAACAGGAGAAAGAUGGGAAAGGUCUCAGUUGGCUCUUAUCAUUGCGCCUUGUCAUGCAAUCAUUCUCAAUAGAACCUAAUCUGUCGGGGAGAUGGUCUGUCAGCCACCUUUCAUGCGUGCCGACUUCCGGUGUAAUCCGGAAACCAUGCAUGUUCUCCUCUGCAACCACGUUGUUAGUCUUUGUGACCCCCCAAAUGUCAAAAAUCGAUUGUUCCUUGCGGACGCCGAGAUCAGUCCGGAUGGGUAUUGAGUUGGCGCGUCACAUCCAAGCCCUGCUAGCCUCCCUUGCUCCCGGGACAACACGCUACUGUAUCGCAAUGUCUUACUCGGCCGCGAGCCUUCAAAGCAGCCCGCGUCAAUGGUCGCAUCGGUGCAUGUCCCCGCGUCAGUCUCAUGCAGGUCGCACCCGUUGGCCUCGCUUACCGUCAACGGCGAAGGAGACUGAGCAACGACGCAUCUUGAUUCUUGAAGCUGUGCUGGCCGCAUGGAGCGAGACUGCAGCUGAGAAUUUGGAAGGCAAACGAAUUUGCAAUAAAUCCCUGCUGAGUUGUAAUUGUCGGAGGAGGCGCAGUAUUCAACGGGUAGCUGCGUGCAGGAGCUGA